AUGAAGCUCAUCCUAGCUGGCGCGACCGGUCUCCUGGGCACUGAGAUCAUAAAACAAAGCUUGCAAAUCCGCGAGAUCACUCAAGUCGUCGCGUUGGCCCACCAGCCCGUGCAGCUCGACAAAAGCAUCGACUCAUCGAAGUUGAAGAUUAUCGUCCUUUGCGACUAUGGUGAUUAUCCUGACGACGUGAAGGCUGAGUUUGCUAACGCCGACGCGUGUAUCUGGGCUGUCUCCGUCACACCCUUACGUACCAGCAAAGCCGAGCUCAAUCGUGUAUUCCAUGAUUGCACCAAGCUUGGGUUUGAGGCCAUGUACGAGGCUGGACCGGCACGUCCCUUUCGUUUCAUGUACUUGAGUGCGGAUGGAAUAUUUCGAGACCCGACAAAGAAGGCAGUCAUCAUGGCAGAUUACCACAUGAUACGAUGCAAUGCAGAGCUCAUGGUCCUCAAAUUCCCAACCGAGAACGAAGGAGUUGAAGUUUGCAUCGCUCGUCCCGGCGUGAUUGCUAAUCCCUCGACAUGGUCGAGAGCUUUGGUGGCCAACCUUUUCCGUAUCGUCGGUUUUUUCGGACGGUCCCUUCCGAAUAUACAACGCAGCGAGCUUGCAGCGGCGGUGUUGAACCAGGUCAUGGAUGGAUUCGAGAAGGAAGCUCUCUUGAAUGCCGAUCUCGUUCGCAUUGGACAAAGGGAGCUGAAAUUCAGCAGUAUGCCUUAUCGAUGCUGA